CACUGCAUCAACAUUCCUCGCUUUGGCACAUUGCAAGCCAUGGCCAGCAUUUGAAGGAGCCAUUAGGGGGAGCUAGAGACACAGUAAGAAGAGAGGAGAGAGAGAGAGAGAGAGAGAGAGAGAGAGAGGUUGUCCCCCAUGGUGAUGCUAAAGCUAGCUGCACGAUGGCAGUUUACUUGCUACAAGGUCGCCAAGAAACUGAGAAGCCAUGAGUCGUCCCACAGGAACACCUCCCGAUUGCACCAGGUGCAUUCGUUGUAUCCCGGUGUGGCCAAAUGCUCCUUGGAGGGAAGAGAGGGGCAAACCUUGGUGUGUGACUUCCAGGGCACCCUCCUUCGAACCCCAUCAUCUUCCUUGUUCCCUUACUUCAUGCUGGUGGCCUUCGAAGGCGGAAGCCUGCUGAGAGCUUUCCUCUUGCUCCUCCUCUCGCCCUUGUUCUGGGUGUUGGGCAAGCAGAGUGAGGCGGGCAUGAGGGUCAUGGUCUUCGUCACCUUCUGCGGGCUCCGGACCAGAGACCUGGAUCUCGUGUCCAGGGUCGUCCUCCCAAAGUUCUACUUGGAGAACCUCCAUCUCCAGGCCUACCAGCUGCUGGCCGCCACCGGCAAGCGGGUGGUGCUCACCGCCAUGCCCAGGCUCAUGGUGGAAGGCUUCCUCAAGGAGUAUCUUGGCGCGAGCGAGGUGGUUGGCGCGGAGCUGCAGGUGGUCAGAGGCCGCUACUUCACGGGGCUCGUCUCCGGAUCAACCCCGUCAGCCAAGCAGAAAGCCCUCAAAGACCGCUUCGGGGAGGUCAAGGCUGAUGUAGCCAUCGUGAGCCCCUCCAACCUUCAUGACCAUCUUUUCAUCGCCUACUCCAAGGAAAUCUACGUAGUCAACAAGGAGGAAGCUGCCGCCGGCAUUGGCACAGAGAUGCCAAGAAGCAAGUACCCGAAGCCUCUCAUAUUCCACGACGGGCGGCUGGCUUUGCUUCCCACACCCACAGCGACGCUUGCUCUCUUCAUGUGGAUGCCAUUGGCCGUACCACUAUCCAUCACGAGAAUCCUCAUGGGCGUCACCUUCCCCUACAAGGUCGUCAUCUUCAUCGCAGCGGCCACCGGGAUAAGGUUCAGGGUGGGGGUAGUAGAAGACGACAACAGACGCCGCGGCGCCGGAGCGGAGUGCAGCAGGAAGGGGGGAGUGAUGUACGUGUGCACGCACAGGACGCUGUUGGACCCGGUCAUGCUCUGCACAGGGCUACAGCGGCCGGUGACGACGGUGACGUACAGCCUGAGCCGGAUGUCGGAGCUGCUGGCGCCGAUGAAGACGGUGAGGCUGACGAGGGACCGGGAGCGGGACGCAGCGAUGAUGCGGCGGCUGCUGCGGGAGGGCGACCUGGCGGUGUGCCCCGAGGGGACGACGUGCCGGGAGCCGUACCUGCUGCGGUUCAGCCCACUGUUCGCGGAGCUGGCGGAGGACAUCGUCCCGGUGGCCCUGGACGCCCGGGUAGGGAUGUUCUACGGCACCACCGCGAGCGGGCACAAGUGGCUGGACCCGGUGGUGUUCAUGAUGGAUCCGCUGCCAGUGUACCAGGUGGAGGUGCAGGGGCGGGUGCCGCGGCACCUGACAUGCGCCGGCGGAUGGAGCGCCGCCGAGGUGGCCAACCGGAUCCAGAAGCAGCUGGCCGACGCGCUGGGAUUCGAGCGCACCACCCUCACCCGCCGCGACAAGUACAUGAUGUUGGCCGGGAACGAGGGGGUGUCGCGGGACCAGCGCGACGGGAAGAAGCUGCCAAAGUAGCAGCGCCGGUUUAGCACUGUGAGUGAGGUGUGUGUGCUACAGUACAUGCCUUAAACGUCUCCGUGUCUUCAGAAACCUUGUCUGCUAUUACAGAAACCUCCUCUGUAUCUGCGAUGAGUAAUCUAAUCGGUGUUCAUGUGCUAGUGAGGAAGAAGUUAAGGCUGCAUGCAUCAUGAUCUAAGCCAACAUCUAAUUUAAGCAUUCCCGUCCGAUCAUUUCAAGAU